UUUUUUCACAGUUCAAUUCCACCAUCACCUAUAAGCCUGGUUCUAAGAAUAUUAAGCCUGAAUCAUUAUCCCGACAGUUCUCACUUUCCAACAGUUCCAAGUCUGAGGAGAGAAUUCUACCAUCAUCUGUUACCAUCGGAGCCAUGCGCUGGGAGAUUGAAGAGGAGGUUCGUGCCACUCAACUUACUGAACCCGAUCCAGGUACUGGUCCUCAAAAUAGUCUGUUUGUUCCCUCUACCAUGAGGACCAAAGUGCUAACAUGGCUGCAUACGGCUAAGUUCUCUUGUCACCCUGGGAUUAAUAGAAUGCUUACCUUAACCAAGAGACAUUUCUGGUGGCCUACUCUUUAUCAGGAUGUUAAAAAGUUUGUUUCAGCAUGUUCUAUUUGUGCCCAGUAUAAAAAUACUCACAGACCCCCUGCUGGACUCCUUCAUCCUCUACCCAUCCCAGGAAGACCAUGGUCACACAUCGCCCUGGAUUUCAUUACUGGACUCCCACCAUCCGGAGGUCUCUCUCCUUUUGAAGCUUCUGUGGGUUUCCUUCCGCCCUUAUUUCCCAGUCAAGAGUCGGAGAUCACAGUUCCAUCCGUGCAACAUCAUCUUCAGAGAUGUCGACGAGCAUGGAGACAGACAAGGGAGGCUCUGUUCAGGAAUAAAGAACAAAACAGGAGGUUGGCAGACAAACACCGGACCUCCGCUCCUCAGUAUGUGGUGGGACAAAAGGUAUGGCUAUCCACACGCAACAUCCCCUUAAAGGAGCAGUCCAAAAAGUUGGCACCUAGAUUCAUUGGCCCUUACCCCAUUACUAAGAUCAUCAAUCCCACCUCUGUUAAGCUUCAACUCCCUAGCUCUACGCGCAUCCACCCCACAUUCCACGUGUCCCAGCUGAAAGUUUUUGUCGAGAGUCCGUUAAACCCACAUCCUAACCUCCCUCCAGCCCCCGCCUCAUUGAUGACCACCCUGCAUACACUGUUCGACGAAUCCUAAAUGUUCRUCGUAGAGGCCGGGGACUCCAGUUUUUAGUCGACUGGGAGGGGUAUUGUCCCGAAGAGAGGAUUUGGAUCCCGAGAUCUUAAAUUUUGGAUCCUUCUUUGAUUAGUGAUUUUUUUAGAGAUCACCCUGAAAAACGUUGUUAGAUCGCCUGGAGGCGAUUUUUGAGGGGAGGGCUCUGUGGAG